UUCCGGUUCCGGUGGGGCCGUCCCUAGCGGCGGAGAUGGCGGCGACAGCGGCGGAGGCUGCGGCCUCGGGCUCUGGAGAACCCCGGGAAGAGGCCGAAGCCGUUGGCCCCGCCUGGGAUGAGUCCCAGCUGCGCAGUUAUAGCUUCCCGACCCGGCCCAUCCCGCGUCUGAGUCUGAGCGACCCUCGGGCGGAGGAGCUUAUCGAGAAUGAGGAGCCUGUAGUGCUGACCGACACAAAUCUCGUGUACCCUGCCCUGAAAUGGGACCUUGAAUACCUGCAAGAGAAUAUUGGCAAUGGAGACUUCUCUGUGUACAGUGCCAGCACUCACAAGUUCUUGUACUAUGAUGAGAAGAAGAUGGCUAAUUUCCAGAACUUUAAGCCGAGGUCCAACAGGGAAGAGAUGAAAUUUCAUGAGUUUGUUGAGAAACUGCAGAAUAUACAGCAGCGAGGAGGGGAAGAGAGGUUGUAUCUGCAGCAAACACUCAAUGACACUGUGGGCAGGAAGAUUGUCAUGGACUUCUUGGGUUUUAACUGGAACUGGAUUAAUAAGCAGCAGGGAAAGCGUGGCUGGGGGCAGCUGACCUCCAACCUGCUGCUCAUCGGCAUGGAAGGAAAUGUGACACCUGCUCACUAUGAUGAGCAACAGAACUUCUUUGCUCAGAUAAAAGGCUACAAGCGAUGCAUUUUAUUCCCUCCGGAUCAGUUUGAGUGUCUCUACCCAUAUCCUGUUCAUCACCCAUGUGACAGACAGAGCCAGGUGGACUUUGACAAUCCUGACUACGAGAGGUUCCCCAAUUUCCAGAACGUGGUUGGUUACGAAACAGUGGUUGGCCCUGGUGAUGUUCUUUAUAUCCCAAUGUACUGGUGGCAUCACAUAGAGUCAUUACUAAAUGGGGGGAUUACCAUCACUGUGAACUUCUGGUAUAAGGGGGCCCCCACCCCUAAGAGAAUUGAAUAUCCUCUCAAAGCCCAUCAGAAAGUGGCCAUAAUGAGAAACAUUGAGAAGAUGCUUGGAGAGGCCUUGGGGAACCCACAGGAGGUGGGGCCCUUGUUGAACACAAUGAUCAAGGGCCGAUACAACUAGCCUGCCGGGAGUCAAGGCCUCCUGCCAGGUGACUGCUAGCCCGUCCACACCGCUUCAUUGAUGAGGACAGGAGACUCCAAACGCUAGUAUUGCACGCUGCACUUAAUGGACUGGACUCUUGCCAUGGUCCUGGAGGCAGGUGUUUAGGGCACGGCAGGGUAGUUGGCACUCCACUCCCAUUUGGAGGGACUUCUGACCCUUGCCUCUGUGCCCCAGCGCCUUCUCUCCCUGCCCCCCUCAAGUCCUGCAUUCAGUGUGUGGAGUCCCAGCUUCUGGGUGUCAUCGUGUGUGUGUGUCAGUCGGUCAACCUCGGGCUGUGUGUGCAUGCACACACGUAUGUAUCUGUUCCUCGCUCCCUCCGUCUGGGUCGUGGUGCCACUUCUGGCUCUCAGCCCUGUCUCCUACAACCUCAGUGCCUCAGCCUGAGAGAGAGGAGAUGCUCUUGGACGCCCACUACAUCUGCGCUGCAGGGCCAGAGCUGUCCUGACUGGAAGGAGGUCAGUCUGCCUCCUUCCAGUUUUCACAGAGUCAUGCUCUAGGCUGAGUGGGAAUGGCUGCUGGGACUCUAAUGGGAAGAGUGAGAGGGAGGCUUGCCUUUGAGAGCCUAGAUAGCUUUCUACGAGAGAGAUUUGGACAGGGUUCCACCUUGGACCUUCAAGCUCAAGCCAUACAUAGAGAAGAGCCUUGGGACACAACAACCAAGGAUUGUGCUUAAGUCCCAAAUUACAGACACACACAACAUCUCUCUUUCAGCACCAGCUCUUGCUCCCUGUGCCAGGUACCAAGGGAGUCUUCCUAGCAGUGGGUUCUCUAGGUUCUAGGAGUGCAAGCCUCUGUGGAUGUGUGUGUGUGUGUGCACAUGUGUGUGCAUAUGUAUCCACACUGGCCUGCCUCUCUGCUUACCAAGUUUCUCCACUGCUUAAUCUUAUCCAGUGGGACAUACAGUGGGAGCCCCAGGGCAGGCGUGCCUGACCUAGCCUAAAGCUUUUAAACUCAAUUUUAGCCAUUGGAUGUUGGUCAGGUCUCACUGCAACCUGCCUGAGGCUGACUGGCUAGAGCCUCCAGGUCCCCUGACCCUCCCUGCCCAGGCCACAUCCUCUACGUUUGCAGAGCUUCCUGGCUGAGUAGACGAAAUGGGGUCAAGCUUAGGCAGCGAAUGCGCCACCUAUCAUCCACCUCAUGGCAAGGGCAAAAAUGUAGCCUUGCCUCUUAAAGCCAGCACCUCCCUGAGACCCCACUGUAAUGUUCCACAAACACCCUCAAAAGUCAGGGCAACUGGUGGAGCACAGAAGAGGAAUUUUCUUUUCUGUUCAUAGCUACUCAUGGGAACCCCUCUCAGGGCUGCAGCUUACAGCUGGGCAGCUGUGCACUGCACAACUCAAAGGGCCAUCAUUCACAUCUAUUCAGUGGAAGUGGGGCCCCUGGAACUGGGCAGUAUGGUGGCUCUGUGUCUUCUCACCUCCACGCCCAUCUCCAUGCCCUUUCUCUCUGGAAGGAAAGAGGAGUUGGAAGUCUCUGGGUUUAUUUUUCCUUUUUUUUGCCAAAGGUUUACUUCCAGUGUCUGAGCUACAGCUCUUACCCCCGAAGCUCAGUUUACAGUUUCAGUGCACUGAUGGACUGAGAGGAUGUGUGUGUGUGCGUGUGCGCACCUAUGUGUGUAUUUUGGGGAGGGGUGUUUAUUUUUAGUCCCCCAUUCUGGGGUUCUCUGAUGUAGUGUGGGUGUGCAAACAUGGUACCUUCUCAAAUGUAGUUCUUUCAAAUAUAGCCAAUGCUGGACAACGUGGUUGCAGUGAUCUCCAUCCUCCAUCUCUGGGGAAAGAGGAGCGCAGCAGAGAAAACAAGGCAGACGGCGGAGAAACUUGAUCUCAGUCACACUUUGAAAGAUAGCAGAUUAUUUUCGUUCUCCUCAGCAGGUCUGCUGCAUUCCUGGCUCAACCCUCAAAGAUGUGGGUGAUGUGCCACUCAGCUAGUCAUUGCUGGGUGCUGUGCUGACACAGGUCUGUCCUAAGGUGACUGAGAAGGAGGGCCCUUCACAGGAUUGGUCCUGAUCCUUGGGUAAUAUAGUAGUGACCCCUGAUUAUUAGACACUUAACAUGUGCUUAGUGCUUUUAUCUUUGUUCCUCACUACCCUGCAAGGUAGGUAUUCUCAUUUUACAGCUGAAGAAAUGGGCUCAGAGAGAUUAAGUGAUUAGUGGCAAUCAGGACUUGAACUUCACGUUGUUGGGCUGCAAAUGCACUGCUGCUCCCUUUCCACCAGACUGUUGAUUGUCGUUUCCUACCUUCUCCCUUGUACUACAGGCCAUCCUCAGGUCUCACCCCACUGGGCAGUGUGUGGUGCAGGCAGGCUUAGCCCAAGAGGGUGCAGAAGAUACAGCUCAGGGUGAAAGCCCUUCUGGGCUCCAGCCCAAAACAUCUUGGGAAAACUGCUGGGAAGCCAUAUUAAGAGUUAAGAGCACUGGAAGGUGCUAUGGGGAAACUGAGUUCUAGGUCCCCUUGCAUUACUUGUAUGUCCUUGAAUAGGUCCCACAACUUCUUCCAGCAUGCUUCUGCGUCUAUAGAAUUGAAGAUCAAGUUCUAGAUGAUUACUGAGAACCUUGAUUCAUGUUCUGCUGCCUCCUUUUCCCGCAAGGAAGAGAUCGAGGCUCUUCCUUUCACUUAUUAGGUUAGGUCUGUUCAGGCUCAAAUUCUACUUGCAGCAGAGGAAACAUCUCUUCUCUGUUGUUUCCUCCUGUCUUUGCCGGCAGCAUGGAGGCAGACACACCAAGGGAAGGUGGGGGUUUAGGCCUGUAUGGAAUUGCAAAAAAGCACUGUGUUGCAAGCUCCCAUUUUUACACCAGCAGGUACAAAGGAAACUGCUCUCUUGUGAAGUCAAAUAUUUGUUGGUGGGUUGGAGUUUGGGGGAUUGAGGAGGGGCUGUUCUGGGCAUCAGUUGAGCAGAUGCCCAGGAUGCCUGGGGGAGACCAGCUUCCCCUACAAAUCAGAGCUCUAAAUUACAAGGUUUUUACCAACGCGAACAGUUGGGGGAAGUCGUCUGCUCUCAUUUGCGUAAUGGUUUCUGUCACUGGUGAUUAGACACAGGAUGAAGGAAAAGAAAUUUGACAAUUAGGAAUGAGCGAUCAUUAAUCUGUAUCUGUUAGGAGACAGAGAAGGGAAGGAUCCUUAUCAAUGGGCCAGCCCAGUGUGGGGAGACCCACCCCCUUCCCCCCUAGAGACUCCUGGGCCACACACCCUUUCAUUGUUCCCACAGGCAGGCUGAGCUGGUAUUUCUUAACAAAGGCUAAGUGGGCCCAGUCCCCAGCCUGAGGUGGAUACAGGAAUGGACAUCUACAGGCAUGAGCCAACAGAGAGAUGAGUGUCAAGUGCAAGUGAUAGGGCAAAGAAUAACAAUAGAAUAGUUUUGCCAUGUGUUUGCUGUUUGUAGGAAAUGUUUUUGUAAUCAACACUCCAGAUACCCUACCUGUGACAAGUAUUUGUUACUUCCCAGCACUGCAGGGUGCAGAGAAAACCUGGUCUUUAUCCUCUGGGAGCUUCUGCUUAGCUAGAGAGGAAACCACACAAAACAACCAGAGGUUAUGAAGCCAUGUAUCGUGCACACUGUGAGGAUGAGAUUAGAGACUGUUGAGAGGGGGAAGAUCAGCAGAGAGCAAAGCUCUACCUCCCAGACUCCUUCAGGCUCCUUCAAGCCCCUGGGCUCCCCAGGGAGGGACUCUUCACCCUAGGCCUCCCAGCAGUGUUGAUUUUGAUUUUCCCCCACGUUAGUACAGCUGUAGUUAUAUGGAGGGCACUGAGGCCCCUGCCCAGAUGUGUGGGCAGCUGAUGAGAUUAGCAGGCUGAGUCUUAACGGUGUGGAGAGUCCCAGCUUGGAUCUUCCCAGGUCUCUGAGUUACCUCUCUUCCCUCUUCUGUCUCCUCAGAUUUCAAGGACAAUAUUAAUUUGCACCAGUUGCUAUUUGUUCCUCAGUUUUGUGGCUUGUCUCUGGUGGGUUCCUUAGAUCAGAGGCUCCCUCAAGGUUUGGGGGCCUGCAGGGGGGCUGGUAGUCUUUGUCUCCUCUCAGAAUAUCAACUUCCCACGGAUGGAGCUGUGCUUUUCUCGUUGGUAAAUUCCCACCUCUGAGUAUUCCACCUUCAAAAUCCAGAGCAGAGCUUAGUAGGGCUGCAGAGAAUGGCCCUCAGUGACCAGUUUUACCCACACAGGGUGGAUGCUGUGAUGCACCUAGAAAUGGCUCCUGGGGUUCCAGAGGCCCUGGCCUUUCAGCCCCUGUCUCUGUUUUCCCUGGCACCCUCGGUGCUUGUCCUCCAGUCCCUGCCCACUUCUCUAGUGUCCUCUCACACCACCUGCUCCACAGAGAUGUUCCAGCUUCCCUUUCCAGAGCGCCUCCCAUUUCUCCUGCUCAGCUUCCCCCCACCCAGUCUCUCCAGCAGCCCCUUCACCAAGGUCCUUUUUCUUAAACAGUUGCCUUUUCCUCAGAAGCUCCAUGGCUGCAAGUGUUUGAAUAGACUGUCUCUGGGAUCCUUCUCCCUGGGGUCAUCCUGUUCAUCUUAGAGUCAUCUUUCUUUUCUAACCUUCGAUAGUUCUGUUUACUUACCCGCAGUUAGUCCAUUUGUUCUGUGUCUCCUCUCCUCUUGCUGUUCCUUUGUCAAUUCAUACAUCCUGGUUUAGCUUUUCUAACUCUGGUGGCCCUUUCUGCUAAUCUUCAGUCAGUUCUGUUUAACCCUCAUAGGUCUUGGGAUCUUCAGCCCUGCUGAGUACUUUGGGUGCAUUUCUGGGGGACAAAGCCUGAGAUACUGGCAUCUUUGAGGCCCAGGGGCCUGCAGUCAGUGAGGCCUCCAGAGAUGGGUGAGGGGAGGGUACCUAGUGAGUCAUGGACAGUGGAGAGCCAGUGAGGGGGGAUUGGGCAGGAGAUGCCCCAGGAGUGGGGCUGGGCCUGGCAAGCCAGGGUGGAAGACCUGAAGUUUGUGUUUCUGUCUAAAUGGGUCUGUGUCCUUGGGGUCCAACAAUUCAGGAAUGGUGGGCAUUUUGUGAGUAUCUCCUAAUUUCUCUCAGGUGUCUGGCCAUGCUCUGAGUCACCAAGUUUGGCUGACCUCUGCAUUUCAGCAUUUGCUGGAAGGGAAACAGCAUAUUAAGUUGUCAUAUGUCAGGAGUGGAGGUCUUGGAUGAAAAAGGCCCUGGAAACGAGCAGCAGGAGAGAGGGACCCAGUGGUCGGCUUAUACCCAGACGGUCUCUUCAGUCCCCCAAGUGUUUAAGUACAGUAGCUGAUGAAAGAAGUUAAAAAACUGGGCCUUUCCUUCUUCUCCACCUAAAAUCUGGUCUUAAGGUAUUAUUUUGGGAAGGAGCACGUGUCCUUUAAUUUCCAAUGAAAAACAAUCUAGCAUAGUGUUUAAAAGCAUGGAUUUUGGAGUCAGAUGUCUUUGCUUUGGGUUUUUAGCUUUGCUACUUAGCAGCUGGGUUUGACCUUGUUGAUUGACUUAACCUCUCUGAGCCUCAGUUUUUUGAACUGUAAUGAUAUGUGUGUGAGGGAAAGGGGCUGUUGAAAGUAUCUACCUCAGGGAUGUUGGAUUAACCGAAACAAUGUUUGUAAAGCGUUAGCACAGUGCCUGGCAAGCACUUAAUAAAUGGCUGUGGUGGUGGUGGUUAUAUUUAUUAUGUGA